AUGGACCAACCCGAGGGGGCUGUUGCGGCCCAGGACAACGAAGAUUCAGAGUAUGAAUAUGAAUAUGACCCGUUUGAGGCCGAGACAUUCUACAUCAACCUCGAGCUAUCAUCGGCUAACGGGCUGAUACGGCCGCCGAGAAAGCGAUCCUCUACAAUGCCAACCGACUCACCAAUCGACCCCGCCCUAAACGCGUCCCUCGACGGCGAUGGACAGCACUACAAUACCGACCAAGAGCUAGAGUCGCAAAGCAGGGUGCAAAUCAUGGACCUCCACACGUCCAACCCCAUUGUCUCCUACGGCAACCAGAUAUUCAGCUGUUCUUGGGCAGACAUGAUUGGGACGGAGCUGAUGUUUUCUCGUGCGCCUGAGAGAUUACCCAAUUCUCUCCCCCCGCUAUGGCGGCAUGAGGAUGACUGCGAACUCCUAUGCGCCAACAGGGUUAGGGUCGUGGGCCAAAAGGCGAAUCUCAUCUCUAGCUCUGGCGGCGGCCAGAACGUGCUAGGAAACGACCCGGCAGAGGCCUCUAGGGUGGCGGCGAGUAACCAGGCACGAUUCCUGGCGCGGCUGGCGAAGGCGAAACACGCAAAGGGUGAAACCGACAUGAUCAGGACGGUUUUCCCGCUGAGGAAGAAUCAGAAUCUCGAGGGGAAGAUUGAAGGGUGGAAUAGGACAGAAGCAGCUGUUGCGGAGGUUGAGAGGCUGAAUAAGUUGGCGUUGGAAGGGGAUGCCGAUGCGCUACAUGCACUGGAGCGGAUUUAUUCUCAGAGAAGCGGACAGGGUUCCUACCAAGGCAGCCGUGGGUCUGGGGUGCAGACGGAAUCGACGACUCCUACACCCAGCGAGCCACCGCCUGCAGGGUCUUGA